AUGGACGAACCCGGUUGGUCAUGGCCUUGUUGGAAAUUUCAGAUGAAGAGAGAUGAUCUCUUCACCAAACUACAUGAUCAAUAUAACACGGUCGCUUUCUCGAUUCAGGACCCCGAAGCCUUUCACCACGACGUCUACGAGAUUUCAAACACUGCAAGCUGUGCCGAUGAGUUUCACCGAUUACUAGCUGAACGCAAGCAGCUUCGUUUGAACGAGUUGAACCAAAGUUUAGAGUCUGCCUCGGUCGAGAUUAUAGCUAACCCGAAUCUUAUCGGGACUCACCAGUGGCAAUAUGCUCUUCAGCUUUUUCGUACGAAGUCGUUAGAUUCUCUCGUGAGAUACUUCGCGUCCUACCUUCCAGACGAUCAUCCGUGGCAUGAAUGCACCGACGCGUCCAAUGCGUUUUUCGACGAACCCGAGGAAGAUGGUCCUCUUAUGACGCAUGAACCUCUCCCCAUCAACACCAAUACUACUUCUAUACCAGCGAGCCAUCUUCCUCCUUCCCCCCGAUCCCUCACGAUGUGUUCGGAUGAUUCCGCGGUGUCGACACCAGCACGAACGCUAUCCUUCUCGGAAGCCGAGACAGAUCCAAUGGUGUUGUCGGGUACUCUGUCGCGAGGUUUCGAUGAUGAAGAGACCUCGCAGUCGGAUGAUCCCGACACACCAACUACGUCUAUUUCGGACUUUUCAGAAGACCAUACAGUAGAGUCGCAACCAGAUUAUCCGGAUGAAUAUGAUGACGAGGACACCAAGGUCGACGAUGAACCCACACCGAUGGGUCUUUCCGCACCGAGUGACGAUACCAACGAAUCAGAAACACCAACACCACGAAACGAACUUCGCUCGGAUUCAUACAUAGGUGAUGAUGAGGCUGCAAAGGUGGUUUCUUCUAAGCAAAGUCCACUUCGUAGAGACAUUCGUGAUAGGAGUCCGGGGUUGAUGAGGUCGGCGCGAAGGAGAAGUCCUGAGAUUGGGCGGGUGCAGAAACCCUCACCAGAUCCUACCAGAGUCAGACCUAUGGGUCGAAGACGAGUCAUCUAG